UUGUCACAAUCAGGAUUCAGCACCCCGCAUUCAAGUUAUUACAUGGGUCACAAUAGGAAGCUGGCUGAGGUCGCAACCCUACAACAAUACAAUAAAGCCUAUAAAACAUGAUACACCCACAUUACAUUAGAUUACACAGUGCUUUGGCAAUAAAGCAAAAGGCGGAAACUAAGGAAGACAAUAUUACAGAACAAACACUCAACAGUCAAGCUAAACAAAAGGAAGCCAGUUAAAACAAGGAGGCAGAGCAGAAAAUGUAAAAACACAAAAAGUCAAUGUGAGCCAUUACAUGUGAUAAGAACAAAAAAAGAAAUGAAAGUGAUAAAACAGGCAAAGUCACAAAAAGAAAAGAGAGCGAGAAGGAAAAAAAGUAAAAGUAACAGAAAUAAAUUAGUUCACAUGAUGUUGCUGGUGGCGUCAACAGCCUGUGGUGUUCCAGGCCCUCUCUUUACCAUCCACAGAAGAGGUUGCAUCCCGUGCGCGUCCUUGUGUCUUAUUUUGAAAAUCCGCCGCGGAAAUGUGAACUGACUGUGCCUACUUGACCGGUGAGCGAGUAGUUCCCUCUCCUCACCUCCGUCUGAUCACUCGCUCGGAGGACGUGUGGAUGUGCUGUGCGGUCCGCGGUGUCUCUCGGUGGCGCAGGACAGGACGGUCGCCACGCCUUCAGGGACGCGCUUCUCCACGGCGUCAGCUCUCCGCUCGUGUCGUCCGGAGCCUUGACAUUUUUUUUAUGACAAGUGACUUUUUUUUUUUUUUCCUUCUCUCCUCUUAACAUCAACCGGGCUGUGCCUCUGGAGUCCGCCUCGCACUUCUUCCCCGCUGAUGCCACUUGUGCUGUUUUGAUUUGGGAAUAUCCGGAGUUGUUGAUUUGACGUCGGAUACACGCCGGGAUCGAAGAUGGGGAUCGAGGUGUAGUGCUGACAGGAAUGCCCCAGACUGUGUGCUCAGGCACCAUGUUCACCACUCCCAGUGGCUUCAGCCCCCAUCUGGCCUGUGCUGAACCAGGGGAGGAGGAGGAGGCCCCACAGGAGGGCCCGGGGCCCGUGGCCUGCCUGGCCGAUGGGCCCCCGAUCACCUCCGCUUCCCUGGACACCCUGAUCCAGAACCUGGUGCCCACUGCCGAUUACUACCCCGAGAAAGCCUAUGUGUUUACCUUCUUGCUGAGCGCUCGUCUGUUCAUCCCUCCUCCGGAGCUGCUGGCCAGGGUGUGCGAGCUGUGCAUCAAACAGCAGCAGCUGGACCAGAGCCCACUGGAUACGGCAAAAGUGCGCAAGUUCGGUCCCAAGAUCCUGCAGCUGCUGACGGAGUGGACGGAGACGUUUCCGACGGACUUCAGGGAUGAGAAGAUGGUCGGACACCUCAAAGACAUCAUCCACAGGAUAGCACCAUGUGAUGAGGCGUACUGGAAAACCCUGAACCAGGUGCUGCAGAAGCUCAGCCAGAGGCUCGCCCUGAUGAGCCAGGGGGAAGAAAGCAUUGUCAAGGUCUCCCUCAACGCCUCCUCAAUCUCUGACAAGCUGGUGGCCUUCAAAACCAAGCCUCCGCCCAUCCAGAAGGACAUGCUCUCCAUCUGCAACGACCCGUACACACUGGCACAGCAGCUCACCCACGUGGAGCUGGAACAUUUGAGUCAUAUUGGACCGGAGGAAUUUGUCCAAGCCUUUGUUCAGAAAGACCCACUAGAUGGAACCCAGCAGCCGUGCUUCGGCGACCAGAAGAAGAAAACCACCAACCUGGAGGCCUAUGUCAGGUGGUUCAACAGACUGUGUUACCUGGUGGCCACUGAGAUCUGCAUGCCAGCAAAGAAGAAGCAGAGGGCCACGGUGAUAGAGUUCUUCAUCGAUGUUGCCAGGGAGUGCUUCAACAUUGGCAACUUCAACUCCCUCAUGGCCAUCAUCUCCGGUAUGAACAUGAGUCCUGUGUCACGGCUGAAGAAGACUUGGGGCAAAGCCAAGACCGCCAAGUUCUUCAUUCUCGAGCAUCAGAUGGAUCCCACGGGGAACUUCUACAACUACAGGACAGCCCUGAGGGGGGCUGCCCACCGCUCUCAGACUGCCAACAGCAACAGAGAAAGGAUUGUGAUUCCCUUCUUCAGUCUGUUGAUCAAAGACAUUUAUUUCCUGAACGAAGGAUGUGCCAACCGGCUGCCCAACGGCCACGUCAACUUUGAGAAAUUUGUGGAGCUGGCUCGGCAGGUUGGUGAGUUCAUGACGUGGAAACAGGUGGAGUGCCCAUUUGAGGUAGACCGGGCCAUCCUGCACUACCUCCACACUGCUCCCAUCUUCAGCGAGGACGGACUUUACCUGGCAUCCUAUGAGAGCGAGAGUCCAGAGAACCAGGUAGAGAAGGACAGGUGGAAAGCACUCAGGUCUAACGUUCUGGGGAAGACAUGAGGCACUGACGGCAGCUAACCCUCCCCACCAGCGAGGGCGCGUGUGUUCUCAUUGCACUAAAAUGAACUGUGAAGGAACCUAGCUGGUACUUAGGUGUUUUUUUUUUUUCUACGAAGAAAUGAUGAAACAAAACAAAUAAGAAACACGAUGAACGGGAUUCAUCAAGAAGAGUGUACAACAACAAAAAAAAAAAAGGGAAAAGUUACAAAAAAGUGAAUUGGAAAAAGUUAAGCUAAGGAAACUGGAACAAAAUGCCUUCGCAGCAUAUUAAAGAGUGAUCAGUGGUGAGGUGCAGUAUGUUGGAGAGGACUACAGCCUCUCCUCCCCCCCUUUCCCUCCAUGUGUGUUUACUCUGUGAAGAUAUGUUUACUACUAUAGAGAGUACAGUUACAGGGAAAACCACUUUAUAAAAUGAAAUUCCUACUGAUGCUAUUGUUGUUUUUUUUGUAUUUGCUCCUCUCCCCCUUUCUUCUCUUCUCUUCCCCCUACCCCUCUUCGGUCCAAAGCCUUGUCUCGGUAUUUAAUUUAACUUAACUUUUCCUUUUACUCGUAACGUACUGUAUUGAAACUUACAAUUAUGUGAAGGGCGCUGGCUAGCCCAUAUCAGCUGUCAAAUUUUAUAGGUCUACUGAAGGAAUCUGGGCAGACAGAAAGAGGACAUGCCUUGAGCAUUUUACCAGUUCAUCUCGCGUGUACCCUUUUCUGUGUGUUUGUGGAUCAGACGCGCUCACGUCUGUUUUCUGACCGUCACUUGUUUUGCAUGAGAACGACUGGAGAAGCCUGUUUACUUACUGUUCAUCUCUUCUUGUAUUUUCUUCUUCUUUUUUUUUUUUUUUAAUUUAUUGUAUUUUAUUUUGGGAAAAGUGUUUGAUAAGGGAAUAUGAACUGUUUCAAAAGUGUUUACUCCUUUUUAAAUGUAUUGUGCCAUUAAUGCAAGACAACUACAGUAUAGCUUAACAGUCACAAGGCCGGGCGUGGAUUGUGUACAGGUGACAUUUACCCCUCAUCUUUCUGCUCUUCAGGAAGUUUUCUCUGACUGACGUUCAGUUGUCUGAUAUAUUUAUGGAAAUUUCUGUGCUGACAGAUGUAUAGUUUUUAUCGUAACUUUUCCUUUUACUGAAUAUGAAGUCCGACGGCAUGCGACGACAGGUGUUUUUUUAAAGGGGCAUUAAAGUGUAUCCACCUCGUGAAGACGACUACUGUGGAGGGGCGGCGACGAAUUGGGGGACUUCUGUUGUUUCUGUAAAGUCGAGAGGGAAACUUUUGCCAUAUGAAUCACUGCUUGUCAUGACAAUUCAGGUUCCUCUGACUUGAAAUGUGUUGUUUAUCGUUUUUUGUGGGAUCGUCACUGAGCUUUGUAUCUUGGCAGUUUUGUUGUGAUUCGGGAGCCAUUGUAGGGGGGUGGGUGACGGGGUGGGAGAGGAGAGGAGGGUUAUGGGGGAAGGGAGCGGGAACUAUGUAACUAUAAGCUUUUUAAAAGAACAGUCUUAUUCAGUUUGCUAUAAAUGAUUGAUGUCAGUGUUUUCUCUUAAGAAGCACCUUUCCCCUCCCAAUAACAGACUGACUGUAAUUCUCCCUCCUUAUUUGUCAUCAAUAAACUUGCUUUCCCUGUAACAUGUUCCCCGGAUAAGUUAAGACUAUAGAGAGCCAGAGAUGUGAAGUCAAACCUGUCAUUCAAGGUGAAGACGUGUUUUAAUAAAACAUUGCCUGUGGUGAA